GGAUUUUAUAACAGGAUGGCGGGUAUGAACCUGCGGCUGGCGUUUGCCGUGGUGUCGUCCGCCUGCUGGUCUGCCUUCCAACAUGGCUAUAGUACUGGUGUCCUCAACGCGCCACAGCUGGUGAUGUCAAGAUGGCUACAAUUCGACGCGUUAUCGGGCACCAAUCUGACCAUGGAGGCCACCGAAGAGCCAAAGGUGGCCACCAUCUGGUCUGUUGCCGUCUCUGUCUACUGCGUGGGGGGCAUGAUUGGGGGCAUGCUGACUGGAGUCAUUGCUGACAGAUUUGGUCGAAAAGGCGGGCUGCUGCUCAACAACGCGCUUGUGUUCGUCUCAGCCGCGUUCCAGGGGACCGCCAAGAAAGCUAAUUCCGCGGAACUCCUUAUACUAGGACGCUUGGUCAUCGGCAUCAACAGCGGUCUGAACGCGGGCCUGGCUCCCAUGUAUUUGGCCGAGAUAUCACCAGUGUCGCUCCGAGGAUCGAUCGGCACAGUCUACCAGCUGGUCAUCACCAUCUCCAUCCUCCUCUCCCAAGGGCUGGGUCUGCCCUCAGUCCUGGGCACGGAGGAAGGCUGGCCCUGGCUGCUGGCCGUCUGCGCUAUACCCGCCGUCAUACAGAGCGUCACACUGCCACUCUGUCCCGAGUCGCCGAAGUAUUUGCUGCUGAAUAAGGGGAGGGAACUGCAUGCACAGGAAGCUCUGAAUUGGCUAAGGGGUGACGUAGCUGUCCACGGUGAAAUGGAAGAAAUGCACCAGGAGGCAGAAAAGAACAAAGUGAGCAAGAAGGUGACACUACGCGAACUCUUCGGCAACCGCCAGCUCCGUCAACCGCUGCUCAUCGCCAUGACAGUGAUGGUUGCCCAGCAGUUGUCUGGAAUAAACGCCGUCAUGUUCUACUCUACUGAUAUCUUCUCGCAGGCCAGCCUUAAGCCGCCGUAUUCGCAGUAUGCUACAUUAGGCACAGGAGCCAUGAACGUUCUGAUGACGUUAGUGAGUCUGGUGCUGGUGGAGAUAGCCGGCCGGAAGACGUUGCUCCUGGUCGGCUUCAGCGGCAUGUUCAUCAGCUCCAUCUUGUUACUAGCGGCAAUGUUGCACGUGACCACGAUCGCAUGGAUGCCGUACGCAUGCAUCGGUCUAGUGAUUUUGUUCGUCGUGAUGUUCGCUGUGGGCCCUGGCUCCAUACCUUGGUUCCUUGUUACUGAACUAUUCAACCAGUCUUCGAGGCCGGCGGCGGCCUCUGUGGCGGUCACAGUCAACUGGGCGGCUAACUUCCUUGUAGGCCUCACCUUCCUACCACUUCAACUGGCGAUAAAGGCGUACGUGUUCGUGAUCUUCGCCAUAUUCCAGCUGCUGUUCAUGGUCUUCAUCAGCAUGAAGGUCCCGGAGACCAAGAAUAAGACGGUGGAGGAGGUCACCGCCAUGUUUAGACAGCAACUAUGACUUGACGCUAGCCACCCCUAAUAGCGUCUCCCAGCAACUAUGACUUGACGCUAGCCACCCCUAGCGUUUAGACAGCAACUAUGACUUGACGCUAGCCACCCCUAGCGUCUCACAGCAACUAUGACUUGACGCUAGCCACCCCUAGCGUCUCCCAGCAACUAUGACUUGACGCUAGCCACCCCUAGCGUCUCACAGCAACUAUGACUUGACGCUAGCCACCCCUAGCGUCUCACAGCAACUAUGACUUGACGCUAGCCACCCCCAGCGUCUCCCAGAAUAUUGCAAUAAUACUCCCUAUUGACAAAUACUUUUCACAUCACCUAUUCGAAAAAGGGCCUUUUCUUCCUGGGAUCAAAGUGGCACUUCUCUUCCCUGCUAGGAGGGAUUAAUGUAACACUUUUCUGUUCUAGCACACUAUUUUUACAUUUUUGUGCACAUUAUUUUUUUUGCUUAAAUCUGUUUAAGCAUCAGAUUGUGUCAACACUAAGAUUUUUUAUUUUCCUCAUGGUUGAUGUGAAAAACAGCAUGUGUCACACGGUAUCAAAAUUAUUUCGUCUUGGGCGAUAACAGUUGAAUCCCUCAUUACGCUCAGGAUUCUAUUGUAGAAUCCAUCGCUUCAUUCAGGAUUCAAUGUACGGAAGGAAAUAUAUCAUUUUGAUCCUUUGUAACACAAACUAGGGAGACUGGGGUCAAUUGAAACACGGGUCAAUAGAAACAAGUUCAAUAACUCCGAAACGAGUGACGAUAGCGAGGCGGUCCCUGAGGGGGAAGGGAUCGGCGUUCGUGUCAGAACCGGUCGAGCAGUGCUAGCCGCGGCUCUGUGACCGUCGGACGUUAUUACGCGAGUGUAUUGCUUUUUCGGCACAAAAAGUAAGUAUUUUUGAUGUUUUUGUUUUGUUUAUUAAUCAGUAUCCAUUGGUAGUACUUUAAUACUAUUUAACCUUUUGUUUGUAUGGUUAUUCUUGUUGAGUUUUUAGUGGUAUAUGUGUACGUACCGUCUACCGUUAUUUUUCUAUGAUUUUAAAUAUUCACCAAGACGUUGCUGGGUCAAUUGAAACAAAAUUUACCGUUGUAUAUGGUUUUAAGCAUUUUUUUGCAGUAACAUAUUUUUUUUGUUUUUAGAUGCCGCGAAACCGUCCAAAAACUACGAAUCGAGGGGAGUGUGAUAUAGAUAUCUACAUAUUCUAAAUAAUAAGGCAAUAAGUGCCAUAUGAAAAUGUAAGUAAAUUCAUAGCAAUAAAUGCUAGGUUUUUUCGUUAAGUUAAUGGUAGAAACUACCACUUACAGUGUUUAAAUCAAAGAUUGAGAUUGUGUGAUUUAAUCAAGACCAAAAAAAGGAAUAAAAAUGAUUAUUACAAUAAAUAAGUAUUUUAUUUCUAGGUGUUUCAAUAGACCCCAUUCAUUGUUUCAAUUGACCCGGAACCAGGGUCAAUUGAAACAAUUUUCGAGGAUUUCUAAAAUGCUUUUAAUUCCGUAUCUGAUACCAAUGGAUACAAAUUAACAUAAUAACUUUAAAGCCAGAUAAUCUACCCAUAGUCGAAACCUUUCACAAACCAAUAUUGAUAGAAAAUGUAGGCACUAUGGCCGUUUUUUCUAAAAACGUUUCAAUUGACCCCAGUCUCCUAUUGCACUGCUUGACUCGUCGUUGUAGGUAUUUUUUUGUUUAUGGCAAUAAAAAAAUCUCAUUUUUACUGUUUUCCUAAUGUUAUUUGUCCGUUUUCUAAUUGAAUUGAAUCGAAUGAAUGAAUGAAUGACUGAUUUAAAUGAAUGAUGAAUGAAUGACUGAUUUGAAUGAAUGAUGAAUGAACAGAGUAACAUGGAAGAUGAAACCAUAGACUUAUAAUAUAUAAAGACGUAGUCUCAGCGAGCUGUCACUGUUGCCACUUUUGUUUAGUGUACGAUUAACAAUGCGGCCCACGUUGCUGUAGCCAUGUCGAUAAAGUCAUAUCGAUAAACUAUCGACAUUUCUUGCAAUUUUAAUUUAACUUCAAAGGCUUAACGAUACCUAAAAUGACCAAAAACGCUUUUAUUCUUUAUUGUGGUUGUCAGAUAACAAUUUUAUAGUCACGCCCCAGCAGGGAACCAAGGGAAAGUUCAGAUAUUUAAUUAAAAUACAUAAAUACCUCCUAAAAUAGGUGUUGCGCAAUAAUUGAAUUAUAUUAUUAUAUUAUAAUAUAUUCAUUACCCAUUAGCAUUUCAAUUAUGUUUAUGUUUAACGAAGAUAUUGAAGCUUCAAUUAAUCGCUAUUUCGUUCCGCUGUGUAGCGUUUAUCGAUAUAUAACAUGAUUAAAAUCGACUUUUCACAUCCCUAAAAGAGCACACAUAUACGCUUUUACGCACACAUACACAGCCUGGGCGCAUCAAGAAAGGCAACACUUGAUUUGAAGUCCACCUUGUCAACUGUUAUGGUUGUCCUUUUUUGACAAACGGCAUUUUUAAAAGAGCGAGGAGAGAGAAAUGAUACUAGUUGCUGCGCCUUGAAAGAGAACAGAAAAGGUUGGGCCCUUGGAUGAAACGCUUUCCAGAUAGAUUGCUCUCAAAUUCGCAGUGACAUUGAAGACCGGCAUUAUGGGCGGGACAGCAAUAUAAUUAAUGCGUGUGCAAAAGAGAUAGCAAUAGGCGGGUCAAUGUACGAAAUUCUAUCUGGAAAGUGUCUCUGCUUUAGGUGCAGUAUCAAAUUACGCAAAAAGUAGAUUUAUUAUUUUGUAUCUCCAUAAUUUAAGCGAUCAAAUAUAUUAAAAAAACUAAUUUAUGUAUUUAUACGUAGUGUUCAAAGUUAAGGAACAAAAUGAAAAUUUAACCUUUUGGACGCCAAUGAGUCAAUGACCGAUAUAUCCGCACCGCAGGUUCAACGCCAAAGACCUAUUAAUCGGUCACACCUGUGGCCCAUUUU